GGCUUGUAAAUCGUGAAAUAGUUUGUCGCCACUUUUUUCAGGUGAUGCUAUGUAGUCCGGUAGCUGCAUUCCAUAUUACACAUAUUUAUAAAAGAUGGUAUAAUGAUAUUAAUGACAAUUUACAAGAACCCUAUUAUGUUGCUACACGAUUUAGUAAAGGCCAUCCUCAAUACCAACCUGCGGAUCAAAUGUGUCAUAAUGUAAAUAAAUUGUUUACACCUCUAGCUGAUCUUCGAAAUGAAAGAAAAGAAGUUAUUAAUGAACGAAAACUGUAUGGAGAGUUGUGGGGAGUAGCACGAGAUAUUACACAAAAGGCAGUUCGAUUUCGGCAACAUGAUGUUCUUAAAAAACUACAGGAUUUAUUAACUAAAAUACAAGAGGAUAUAUUAGCAAAUGACUCUAAUAAUGACGGUGAGGAGAUGUGUAGUGACAGCAAUAAUAAUAACAAUGAGGAUGAUAAAGAAAAUGAUCUAUUGGCUGAAGUAUCUCUUCAAAACCCCAAGAGGCGUAAACUGAAAGGACGUCCCAAGAGUUCUAAACGAAUCAAACGAUCAGAAGAAUUGAAGCCAGCUAAGCGCCAAAAUCAGUGUAGAAAUUGCGGAGAAUAUGGACACUAUAGGCCUAAAUGUUCAAAGAAGUAA